AUGUGUCUGCUAUUUAUUUUAUUGAUUUGCGUCUUCUUAGCCACAUCUUGUCCACUAACAUUUAUAUCACAAUGUUUUCCUGUUGGUUUUCUACCAACCUCCGUUGCUGUUGGCGAUUUUAAUCGUGAUGGUAAACUAGAUGGCAUCGUCGCGAACUCCGGUAGUAAUACCGUGACUGUUCUAUUUGGAAGCAUGAACGACAUUAUUGGACAAACAAGCUUUUCAACAGGUGUAAAUCCACAAGCAGUCGCUGUUGCUGAUUUUAACCAUGAUGGUAACCUGGAUAUUGUCGUGGCGAAUUCUGAUGAUAAUACUCUGACUGUAAUACUAGGGAAUGGUAUAAAUGACACUAUUGGACAAGGUAUCUUUUCAACUGGUACAAGUCCACAAUCAGUUGCUGUCGCUGAUUUCAACCUUGAUGAAAAACUAGAUAUUGUCGUUGCGAACUCUGGUAAUCAUACUGUGACUGUUAUCCUGGGAAAUGGUAUGAAUGACACUAUUGGACAAAGCAGCUUUUCGACCGGUAAAAAUCCACGAUCAGUUGCUGUCGUUGAUUUUAACCUUGAUGGUAAGCCAGAUGUUGUCAUUGCGAAUUAUGUUGAUAAUACCGUGACUGUGUUACUUGGAAACGGUGUAAACGACACUAUUGGACAGGUAACAUUUCCAACUGGCGGAAAUCCACGAUCAGUUGCUGUCGGUGAUUUUAACCUUGAUGGUAAGCCAGAUAUUGUCGUCGCAAACUUUGGUGAUAAUACUGUGGCUAUACUACUUGGAAAUGGUGUAAAUGACACCAUCGGACAAAAAAGCUUUCCAACAGGCAAAAAUCCACAAUCAGUUGUUGUCGGGGAUUUCAACCUUGAUGGUAAGCCAGAUGUCGUCGUUGCAAAUUUCGGCGAUAAUACCUUGACCAUACUACUUGGUAAUGGCCAAGGAAGUUUUACUGUGUACGAGACUCUCCCAGCUAGCGGUAAUCCAAGCUCCAUUGUUACAAGCGACUUUAAUGGUGAUGGUAAACUAGAUCUUGGGAUUAAAUUCAGUAUGACACGUAUUAUUACAGAUAAAAUAAAAAUAACGACAGAUUCACGUGCACAUGCACGUGACCUAUAG